UAUACAGAAACCUGUCGUCUGCGUGCCAUUUUUAUCGAAAUUGGCUAUUUGGAAAGCAAAACUAUCGGUGGAGGCCAAUCAGUUUUCUUAAAUUGUAGAUACAUUUAUAUGUGUUUGUGCUUUAAGAAUUGAAAUAUUGUAUGCCUUUUGCAAAGGCUGACGCGAAUGCCCGAAACCAUUUACCACAGGCAUGAAUCGUAGGGGUUUGAACAGUGGCAAUACGAUGACUUCUCAACCAAACAUUGACGACGGCAGCUGGAAAGCGGUGUCCGAGGGCGGCUCUAUGCUCCCAGCGGCGAACUCGGCGGCGCUUAAUCCGGACGGCAGCAACCAAGGCGGAUUUCCGCAAGGCGGCCUGCCCUACAACUCUGGCGGCAAUCCUUAUCCGCCAGCAGGCCAGUCCUCGCCGGCGGGAAACCAGUCGAUAGUGUUCCAGAACACCAACCAGCCUGGCUCGAACACACCUCAGUAUACCUCCUCACCCGCACCCUCGGGCUCAUCGACACCCGGACCCGUUGGCGCGCAAAACAUUCCUGGCAACUAUCCGCAAUCCUCAACGGCGGGAAACUUCAACGGACCCGUGGGCGGUCCCUUUGGAUCGCCAUCAUCGGGAUUGGGCCAGUUCAGCCGGCCAGCCAGCUCCGGUACACCCUUCAACAGCGGGCAGGGAGGUCACUUCUCAUCACCCACGGUUUUUGGUGUUGGCGGGCAGUUUAAUCCCAUGCCACCGGCGUCGCCCUUUGGUCAUGGAGGAAAUCAUCCGAUGAUGGGUGGCCCACAGCAAAUGGAGCGAAUCGACCAGGGCUUCAGAAGGCACAACUCCUAUUUCAGUCAUACCGAGCACCGAGUCUUCGAACUGAACAAGCGGCUGCAGCAACGCAACGAGGAGAGCGACAACUGUUGGUGGGACUCAUUUACCACGGAGUUCUUCGAGGACGACGCCCGGCUGACGAUUCUUUUCUGCCUAGAAGACGGACCCAAGCGGUACACGAUCGGGCGCACGCUAAUCCCGCGCUUUUUCCGCAGUAUCUACGAGGGAGGCGUCUCCGACCUGUACUUUCAGCUGAAGCAUGCCAAGGAGUCGUUCCACAACACGUCCAUCACGCUGGACUGCGACCAGUGCACGGUCAUAACGCAGCACGGCAAGCCGUUUUUCACGAAAGUUUGCGCCGACGCAAGACUGAUCCUGGAGUUUAUGUACGAUGACUACAUGCGCAUCAAGUCGUGGCACAUGACCAUCAAGGGCCAUAGGGAGCUGAUUCCCAGGUCUGUGAUCGGAACCUCUCUACCGCCCGAUCCGAUGCUUCUGGACCAGAUAACCAAGAACAUCACGAGAGCCGGAAUCACCAAUUCCACGCUCAACUAUCUCCGCCUGUGCGUCAUUCUCGAGCCCAUGCAAGAGCUGAUGUCGCGGCACAAGGCCUAUGCUUUGAGUCCACGGGAUUGCCUAAAGACGACACUUUUCCAAAAGUGGCAGCGCAUGGUGGCUCCGCCCGGCAAGAAGGAUCCCCAGCGGCCGCCUAACAAAAGACGCAAAAGGAAAGGUUCAAAUUCGGGUGGCGGAACCAAUGCAAACACCCCGCCUGUGACGAACCAGAAACGAUCCCCCUCCGGUCCGAGUUUUUCCCUCUCCUCGCAAGACGUGAUGGUAGUGGGUGAGCCCACGUUAAUGGGUGGUGAGUUCGGCGAGGAGGACGAACGGCUGAUCACCCGGUUAGAGAACACGCAGUACGAUGGAACCAAUGCAGUGGAGCACGAUAAUCAUACCGGCUUUGGGCACGCCGACUCGCCCAUCUCCGGCUCGAAUCCGUGGAGUAUUGACCGGGCGGGAGCUAUUCCUGCCAGCCCUGGGAACGGAGCUGCGCCGCAGAACAACGCGAAUAUAUCUGAUAUAGACAAAAAGAGCCCCAUUGUAUCGCAAUAGAAAUUAAUAAAACAUAAUAUUUCGCUA